AUGUCUUCAGAAUCUUGGCCGCCUCAGCUCAAGGAAUGGGUUGCGAAAUGUCUAGGGCAAAUGACCGAUACAAAUAGGAACGAAGCACAAACCGAACUAAGACAGGUAAUUGCAGAACAUUUUGCCUCGCGGACAUUGUGGACGACGGACUGGGCGGCUAUACAACUAAAAAGUCUUCAGCCGGCUCCUCCACCCAAUAUUAUCAAUCUCAAGCGGAAGAGUGGUGAAGGAGCAUCGCCGCUAUCUAAGAAAGCGAAGAAGCAUGCCCAGAAGGCCGCCUCAGCACCAGAAUAUCACGAUACGGAAGCACUCAACCGGAGGGCCAUGCGGUUCUCUCGAGAGCAUACAAUUGAAAGACAGAAGUCGUUAGCAAACGGCGGUCAGACAUCUCUUCAAACAAAUUCUCACCAUUCUCAUUUAUCCAAUAAUGGAGCUUCUCGAUCUGCCUCACUCUACAUGAAUGUGGACGAUCCCGAAGUCGAUCCUAAUGUUCCGAAUUGGGACAAAUUCACGAUUGUCGGCACAUCGACGGAGCUUUUCAAGAAUUACCUACGCCUGACAAGUGAACCUAAACCUGAAUCCAUUCGUCCUUAUCCAGUAUUGCAACAGACGCUGCUAGAGCUCAAGAAGAAAUGGCGCGAAAAAGUGUCGUAUGCCUGGAUAUGUAACCAAUUCAAGAGUCUGCGCCAGGAUCUCACAGUCCAACGGAUUAAAAACCAGUUCACAGUCGAAGUGUAUGAGAUUCAUGCACGCAUGGCCUUGGAAAGCAACGACAUGGUAGAAUACAAUGCAUGCCAAGCAACUUUGAAAACCCUCUAUGAACUUGGCAUACCCGGCAAAGUGGAAGAGUUCACAGCAUACCGUAUCUUGAUGCUCCUCCACGGACUCAACAUGACAGAAUUGAAUCUAUAUGUAGGUCAGCUAACGCCCAAACAGAAAGCAGACAAGGCUGUACGACAUGCCUUGCAAGUCCAGCGAGCGCUUUCCAUGGGCAACUAUCAUUCUCUCUUUCAACUGUAUCUGAAUGCGGAGAACAUGGGCGCAUAUAUUAUGGACCAUUUCAUUGAUCGCGAGAGAGUGAAGGCCUUGAUGAUGAUGACAAAAUCGUACCGUACUUUGUCUUUGCAGUUCAUCACGGAUGAAUUGGCGUUUGAGACGAUCGAUGGAGCUCGCAAUUUUCUUGCCGAACACUCCGCUGCCUUCUUUAGCAACCCUAAUAGCCCAGAUGACCAGAAAGUCCUCGAUUGCAGACCCUCGCAUCCUCAGCUAUGCCAAGCGUUCGAAAGCAAGUACAGGAAAGUCGGGAUCAAAGGGGCAAUAUAG